AUGAGCCCCAAACAGCAGUACCAGGAGCUGGUUCGUGAGUCUGGCUCAAGUAUCUCGGAGGAAGCCCGAGAUGUGGAUUUGGAGCCAGAAGUUACACAAGCAGAUAUUACUCAGGGCAAAGAUGUUGCAAUGUCCAAAAAGAUGUUUCUUGUUAACAAUGCUCUUGACCAGAUUGGAUUCACCUGGUUUCACGUUAAGCUUUUCUGUAUCGCGGGCUUUGGAUAUUCGGCUGACUCGCAGUUGGAAUACAUUCAAAGUUCGGUGAAGGCAUCGGUCGAUAGGCAAUUUGGCCAUGACUUCCCAGCGGCUACAGAAGUGUUCUACUUUGGUCUUAUCUUUGGCUCGAUUUUCUGGGGUUUCGGCGGUGACAUAAUAGGCCGUAAGUUUGCGUUUAAUGCGUCUUUGUUACUUGCUGCUCUCUUUGGUAUCCUCACCGGUGCGAUGGACUCUUACAUCACAUACUGUAUAUUCAUGUUCAUGAGUGCAUUUUGUGCUGGUGGAAACAUUGCGUUGGAUGUGGCUGUUUUCUUGGAGUAUUGCCCUUCACCAUACUCGUGGCUAACAACUUUUAUGGCCACCUGGUGGGGAGUAGGUCAAACCAUUGCCGUUUUAAUUGCCUGGGCUUUUAUUCCUAACCACUCGUGUGCAUCUGCCGACGACUGUCCAUCGCAUGAAAACAGAGGCUGGAGGUACUGCUGGUAUACCAACUCUGGAAUUGUGUUGUUUGCAGCUUUAUUGAGACUUUUUGUGUUCAAGUUGGAUGAGACUCCGAAAUACUUGAUCGUCAAUGGCAGAGACGCCGAAGCAGUAGAGGCCUUGAAAAAAAUUUCCCAAAAGUACAACAGGGAGUGCUCCUUGACUGUGGAGCAAUUGCAAGAAUGCGGAGAGGUGGAAGGAGCAGAUCUCUUUAAUGAAAAAGUCUACACUAUCAAGAACACUUUUGAAGGAAUCAAAAAAAAUUGUCGUUUGUUGUUCGCAGACAAGAGGGUCAGCUACUCCACAACCUUGAUUUUCAUUUCCUGGUUCUUGAUUGGAAUCUCCUACAACACCUUCUUCAACUUCUUAUACAUUUACAUUGGUCUUCAUGGAGGUGAUACCGGCAAUUCCACUUACAUCGUCUACCGUAACACCACCAUAAGUACGUUUGUUGGCUCUUUUGGACCUUGUAUUGCGGCCGUGUUGGCCAGAACACCGAGAAUUGGAAGAAGAGGAGCCAUGUGCUUCGGAGGGCUUUCCGGUAUGGCAAUUUUGUUUGGCUAUACCACCGUAAGAACUCAACAGGGAGAUGUUGGAUUUGCUUCUGCAACCUAUUUCUUUAUCAACAUCUACUACGCGGUUUUGUAUGCCUACACCCCGGAGGUGUUUCCAGCCGCAGCCAGAACCACUGGUGGAGCCAUUGCGUUGGUGAGCUCUAGAGCAGCUGGAGCUUUGGCACCAGUUAUUUACUAUUAUGGCCAGAAGUCGGGAUCCUCUGUGCCUAUUUGGAUUAGUGGAGCCGUCAUAGGUAUCAUUGGGUUUAUAGCAUUGCUCUUUCCAUUCGAGCCAUCGCAGAAAAGAUCGGUAUAG